AUGAAGAUAUUCAAUAUUCUUCUCCUCAUCGCUACUUUUGCUCUUACAUAUACUUUCGCCGCUGAAGAAGACAAGAAAGAACUUGGUACUGUAAUUGGUAUUGAUCUUGGUACAACAUAUUCAUGUGUUGGUAUUUUUAAAAACGGACGAGUUGAAAUUAUUGCCAAUGAUCAAGGUAAUCGUAUUACACCAUCAUAUGUUGCAUUUACAGCUGAAGGUGAACGAUUAAUUGGUGAUGCAGCUAAAAAUCAAUUGACAUCUAAUCCAGAAAAUACUGUGUAUGAUGCCAAACGACUUAUUGGUCGUGAAUAUAGUGAAGCAACUGUUCAACAAGAUAUUAAACAUUUCCCAUUCAAAGUUAUUGAAAAGAAUUCAAAACCAAUUAUUCAAAUCAGUACUGGUACAGAACAAAAACUUUUUACACCUGAAGAAAUUUCAGCUAUGGUUCUCGGAAAAAUGCGUGAAAUUGCUGAAGCUUAUCUUGGAAAGAAAGUUACACAUGCUGUUGUUACAGUUCCUGCUUAUUUCAAUGAUGCCCAACGUCAAGCAACAAAAGAUGCUGGAACUAUUUCCGGAUUAAAUGUUAUGCGUAUUAUUAAUGAACCAACAGCAGCAGCCAUUGCUUAUGGUUUAGAUAAAAAGGAAGGUGAAAAAAAUAUUCUUGUAUUUGAUUUGGGUGGUGGUACAUUCGAUGUCUCAUUAUUAACAAUUGAUAAUGGUGUAUUUGAAGUUGUUGCAACCAAUGGUGAUACACAUUUAGGUGGUGAAGAUUUUGAUCAACGUGUUUCGGAACAUUUUAUUAAAUUAUUUAAAAAGAAAACUGGUAAAGAUGUUCGAAAAGAUCUUCGUGCUGUUCAAAAACUCCGACGUGAAGUUGAAAAAGCUAAACGAACAUUAUCAUCACAACAUCAAACUAAAAUUGAAAUUGAAUCAUUCUUUGAUAAUGAAGAUUUUAGUGAAACAUUAACCCGAGCUAAAUUUGAAGAAUUAAAUAUGGAUUUAUUCCGUGCAACAAUGAAACCAGUACAAAAAGUAUUAGAAGAUUCGGAUUUGAAAAAAACUGAUAUCGCCGAAGUUGUUCUUGUUGGUGGUUCAACACGUAUUCCAAAAGUACAACAAUUAGUCAAAGAAUUUUUUGAUGGUAAAGAACCAUCACGUGGUAUUAAUCCAGAUGAAGCUGUUGCAUAUGGUGCUGCUGUUCAAGCUGGUGUCUUAUCAGGUGAACAAGAUACAGGUGAUAUCGUUUUACUCGAUGUCAAUCCAUUAACCAUGGGUAUUGAAACAGUUGGUGGUGUUAUGACCAAAAUUAUUCCACGUAAUACUGUUAUUCCAACAAAGAAAAGUCAAAUUUUUUCAACAGCUGCUGAAAAUCAACCAACAGUUACUAUUCAAGUAUUUGAAGGUGAACGACCAAUGACAAAAGAUAAUCAUGUCUUAGGUAAAUUCGAUUUAACUGGUAUUCCACCAGCACCACGAGGUGUUCCACAAAUUGAAGUUACAUUUGAAAUUGAUGUUAAUGGUAUUCUUAAAGUUACUGCUGAAGAUAAAGGAACAGGAAAUAAAAACAAUAUUGUCAUCAAUUCAAAUACUAACCGAUUAUCACCAGAAGAUAUUGAUCGUAUGAUUAAAGAUUCAGAAAAAUUCGCUGAUGAAGAUAAGAAAGUAAAAGAACGUGUUGAUGCUAAAAAUGAACUUGAAUCAUAUGCUUAUUCAUUAAAAACACAAUUGGCUGAUAAAGAAAAACUCGGUGGAAAAUUAUCAAGUGAUGAUAAAGAAACAAUUGAAAAAGCUGUUGAAGAACAAAUCAAAUGGCUUGAAUCAAAUGCUGGUGCUGAAGCUGAUGAAUUAAAAGAACACAAGAAAGCACUCGAAGAAAUUGUGACACCAAUUAUGACUAAAUUAUAUGGACAAGGCGGUGGUCCAGGAGGUGCUGGUGAUGUUCCACCACCCCCACCACAUGGACAUGAUGACGACAGCUUAUAA